GUAUAUGCAGCAUUUAAAGUGUUUAUAUUCAGUUAAUAAUUCGUAGUCGUCGAGACAGAGUUACAAGUGUUGGUCACCUAUACAAGUUUAUUGAUCCCUGUCAAAUUAGUCUACUAAGCUUAAAAAAUAAAAAUGGUUUUGACUCUGUACAACUUAGACGCAAGUCCCCCAUGUCGUGCUUGCCAGAUGGUGUUGGAGUAUUUGAAACUGCCGUUUAAUUAUGUCACCGUUAAUCCUCUUAAUAAAGAGCAACUUACUGAGGAAUACAUAAAGAUGAAUCCACAACACACUAUUCCUACGUUAGUCGACGAUGACUUCGUUUUAUGGGACAGCCAUGCUGUAGUUGUGUAUUUGGUGACAAAAUAUGGCAAGGAUGACGCUCUCUAUUCAUCGGAUCCUAAGAAAAGGGCUCUCAUUGAUCAGAGACUGCAUUUCGACACCGGAGUCCUAUUUCCAGCACUGCGCGAUACGCUUGUACCCAUUGUAUACUUCGGUGAAAAACAAUCCAAGCCAGAAAAUUUGGAGAAAAUUGUAUCAGCUUAUGAUUUCACAGAGAAGUUCCUCACUAAGGCGUGGAUAGCUGGCGAUCAGCUAACUGUGGCAGACUUCUGUUGUGUUGCUACAAUCAGCUCUCUGAAUGUAGUGAUUCCAAUUGAUGCUGCUAAAUAUCCGAAUUUGACAACUUGGCUGAAAAAUUGCUCAGAAUUAGAUGUUUAUAAGAAGAAUAACUUGCCAGGUUUAUCUGCACUUGAAACUAUAUAUGAGACUGUUAUUGCUUAAAAGUGGAAAAAAUAUUUCUUUCAAAGCAUAUAAUUAAAAAUUUUAAUUAUAUAGAUGACUAUUUUUACAUAGAUGCCACUGCAGUAAAAUGUACCUGAAAUUGAAGAAAACAUUGAAUUGAAAAACUAGAAAUCAUCAAAAUUUGCACUAUGCACAUUGAUUUGCUGAAGUUUGCUGAAUUUUGAACGGCUGAGUUAAUAUUUUUGGCUUGUUGAGUAUAUAAUUAAAACUGUAAAGUAAGUUCAUGUAAUUAAAGUUCUACCAAAGAAUUUGUUUCCUUUGUUUGGUUUUAUAUUUUGAUAGAUUGUGAAUGUGUUUAAAAAAAUUAAUAAUCUUAUUGAUAUAUAUAAAGUUGCGUGAACUUUGCGAAAACGUGUUCUGCAAAGGUAACGAAAUGUUUGGUAAAUAAUAAAUGUAAAAACGCAAUUACAAUUA